AUGGACAGUUGCGAACUACGCAAGAUCGGGCAAGGUUUUUGCGGCACAGUAUGGGCUGCAUCCACUGGGCCAGCUUUCAAAAGAGAAGAUGGAGGGCCCGGCCGAUCGCUGAAGAAUGACUGGGACAUGCACCGAAAAGUCCUCCAAAGCUUUGAAGCAUCCAAGUCACUCUGUCUUCGAACUCGAGUACCAGCAUGCUAUGAUUUUAUCAAAUCGAACGACAGCACUUGGUGGUCAGCGAACCAAGGAAAGUUUCCAUCAGGAUACACCCCGUGCAAUAUACUUGUCUCGCAACGAAUCCCUCCCUUUUCGGAUAAGACAAGAGCUUUGCUGAUACAAGAGUACUGCCCAAAAAGUAUCAUGCCGCGAAUCCUAGCCAGCGAGCCAGACAAGGAUUGCUUGAUUCGACCCUACUUGGGUCGCAGGCGAUUCCGCAAGUCUUCAUCUGCUCCCACCAGAUUUAGCGCGUUUUCACUGCGCAAUUUCCCCCUCCAUGUGGAUCAAAUGGAGUCACUUGGAGUGACUAGUCAAGAAAUGUCACAGUACGCUAUGGCAAUGGCAGAGACUCUCGCUAUAAUGCAUUGGAGCUGUGAGAUUGAUGGAAACGACAUUGAGUUUGUACUUGCCCCUGCAACGUCGCCUGAGAAUAGUCUCACGCUACAAUCUGCAGUCCUUGGAGAACACUCUGUAUGGGUGCUAGAUUUUGAUGUUUGCAGGAGCAUGGCCAUGGACUCGGAUGGGGUGAAGCAAGCCGUUACUGCAUUCUGGCGUAACGACCCUUUUUAUCCUCGACCAGAGCCAACUACCCACACGAAUCCACUUUGGAAAACCUUUCGAGAACAUUACCUACUCACGAGUAAAUCUUGCAGAAGUGAACGGCAUCCUCUGGCGAUGAAAUUCAGUGACUUGGUGGAGCAAGAAGGAAUACGACGGGGAGCUCAGAAGAGCAAUACAUACGCAGCUUCUUAG